ACCUAACCGUCUUUUUCAGUUUCUGCUGGGGAUACGGCCACGGCUAACCGGUUCCCGCCCCCUUCCGAGGCUGAUUUCGCGGAUUCCCGGACCAGAAAAGAUCCUGCUCUGCAGUGUCUUUUUUAAGAGCAAGACUUGGGGAGUGAUUUUUGAAUAUCUGUGACUUGGAACUAGGAGUAAGCUUUACCAGUCCUAGACGUUCAAGCAUUUUCACAAAUAAAUCCUCCAGCAAGUUUAAAAAUAAUUAGGAAGUGGAGUUGCUCUGGUUGCACAAAAAAGAUGUCAAGCGGAUCUAGUGAAGUUGAUGUGAUAAGAACACGAAUCCCUGCUUAUGAUGAUGAUAACAUUGUUCUUUAUGCAUAUGAACCAAAUACUGCAUAUUUCAGUAAUCAGGAAACUGCUGCAUCUGAGACAUCUUACAAUGAAGAAGAACAAGGAACAAUUCAGGAUAUCUUUAUUCAUUGCCAGGCCAUCUAUGAUGCUAUUCAAGACCUGGAUAAGAAGUUUGAUAUUAUUCAUGGAAAGGUUUCAAAAAUUCACCGUUACCGUUGCCGUAUGAAGUCAAUGUGGCAAAGCCGUAAACUACAUGGACAUAGAUAUAAAAAGUAUAAUUGCCAGCAUUCUAGAAAGAGCAAAUGCCUGAAAAGGAAGAGAAGGGACCUUACCUCUUCAUUAUCUCUCACUGAAAGUUAUAGCCCCACUAUACCAGUAAGCAGGCAGGAUAAUGAUUCCCAGAGCAACACUUCGGGAAUACCUAUCGAGUCCCAGAAGUCCCCAGAGCGGGAGCAGGAGUCAUUCAUCCAGGAUCAGGAGCCAGAUCGCAACCCGAGCCCAGGGAUCCCUGCCAUCUUCACACAACCCUAUGAGCCAUACGAAUACACGCAGGAGGAAUCCAGGCAGGUCCCUUCUUACUACGACAGCCCACGGGCCCACAGCACCACCAAUUUCUUCACACCGAACCAGGCCACUGUAAUUCCAACUGCAUCCAUACUGACCCAGAUGGAACCUGAACCAAUACCUACCCCUGAUGUUGUGACCUAUCCACCUUUAUUUGAUACCCAGCCCUCCAGGCGUAAUAGCUCACCUCCCUACACGCCGAACACUUAUGCUCCAACUUCACCAGUUAGAAAUCGCCCGGAUUUCUUCAGAGAAAACUUCCCUGAGGACCCCUCAACCUGGUCCGUGGAUGAAGUGAUCACGUUUCUGCAAGAUGUAGAUCCUCUGAUACUCGAUCCCCUGGUUGACCUCUUCAGGAAACAUGGCAUUGAUGGGAAAGCUCUGCUACUGCUCAAGAGUGACAUGAUGAUAAAGUACAUGGGGCUUAAGCUGGGGACAGCCUUGAAGGUGUGCCACUACGUCGAAAGGCUUAAAGAAGGAAGAUACAUCUACAAUUUAUAAAGCACGUAUAGGUUAGACUGGACUUAAUUCUGGGAAGACCAAUGCUGUCUUUGCUCUGCCCUUAGAAGUUUUUGUUGCAUAGAAGAUUCCUUUAAGAUAUGCUGUAUCCAAAAUAGCAGAACCUGGGAUAGUCCAGUCUACUUCUUUAGAAGCCAUUUAAUGUAUUAGUGCUAGCAUAGUCAAACUGGUUGUUUGUUCUUAUCUUUUCAUUAUUUUCAUUGUAUAGUUUACAGAUAUACUUCAUGCAGGAAACAGAAAUACCUUUUGAUUUUGGUUAAUGUUUAUAUGUAAAACCAAAACAGUCAAGUCCCAAAGGGCAAAAUAUCAGGCACUGACAAGCUUUCUAAAGAAAUCCAUAUGACAUUUUCCUUAGAAGAAAAUUUAAAGUUGCAACUAUAGGUAUCCUGUUUUUCUCAAAUAUUUUAUGUCUGUUACUGCAAUGUUCUGUUUGUAUUCUACCAGUUUCCCAAAAGGGAAUAGGCACAUAAAUUAUUUUCCUUUAUGUUAUUAUUUCACUGUAUGUUUUAUCUGUCCCUACUAGAAGGAAAAAAGCAGCCUUUUAAGAUUUCAUGAGGCGUUCUUACCAGUUUUUAAAAAAAUUAUCACAUAGUCAUUUCAUGCAAGAGAUACUACACUACAAGGGUGGUUUGGAUUGAAUCUGACUAUAUUCUUUUCAACUAAAUACAUGUUAUUUUACAACUUCCAUAUUUUGUCUAAACUUGGACAUUUAACUAGGCAUUCAUUGCUCACAUCUCUCCAUGAAGAUGCCUAUGUCUGAGUUUUUUAAAGAUGUGUUUUAUUGUCUCUUCAUUCCUCAUAUGGAUACUGUUUUGUGUUUAUAUUUUAUUCUGUACCUGAAGUAUACACAGAAUUAAAUUCUUUUUUAAUUUAAAAUGGCACUUUACACUUCCACUGAGCUAAAGACCAUCUCUAUAUAUAAUGAGUUUUUUAAUUGUUUAAAACACAUGCAAAGUGUUUGCUAUCACUGGUACCUCUCAGCUCACACUUCAGGGUUUCCGUACAGGGAAGUUCUAUCUUGUGCAAUGUUUCUAGUUAAUUUCCUUUCUGAGCCAUUUAUCUUUAUAAACUUUAGACAAGUACAUUAAUUCUGAUUUGAACUUUACUUUAAAAAUUAGAACCUUCAUGUGAAACAUUCAUUGUUAUUUUAUUUAUUACAUCAUAUGUUGUAUAAUAUUCAGUGUAAUGUUAAUAAGUUAUGAGAAAUGGUGCUGAUUUUAUUAGCCAUUUGUUAUAAAUGCCAAUAAGAUGUUCACCAGGGGUAAGAAUAUACAUUAUCUUUUUAGAAAACCAAGUGUACCUUAUAAGCAAAUAUAACUAUUUACUGGGCAUAUAUGAUUUAAAGGACAUUUUCAUCUAUAUUAUUGCUUUUGUGUUAGAAGAUUCAGAUUUCAACUUCAUCUUCUUUCAAACUGUUUAUGUGAAGAUGCUGUGCCCACUUGAACAGUCCUCAGGCGUUUGUAUAAGCACUAUGUUUUACAGUUUUUAAAUAUAAUAAAGUUUAAUAAU